AUGUAUGACGUCAGCUCGCGAAUGUUGCCGCUGACGGUCCGUGCUCGGAUCGAUGCGCCGCUGACCGGCUCUGCCGUCCGUCCACAGAUCCAGCGGGCGCUGGGCGUGGGGCUGAGCCCGCCGCCGGCCGGCGCCGCGGCCAGCCGCACGCCGCCCUCCGACGCCCUCUGGCCCAUGGACAUGGACCAGCUGAUGGAUGCGCCGCCGGCGGCCUACUCGGUCGGCGUGCCGAUCCCGGGCCGCCAGCAGUGGCAGUUCUCGGGGCCCGAGUUCACCGAGAUGCGCGCCGGCCGCGCCGAGCCCGAGCUGGCCACCUCGGCCGGCCGCGCCGGCUCCUUCCCGCCGCCCACCGACUACGGCUCCAGCCCGAGCCCGGGCGCGCCGUGGCCCGUGCACGCCGACCUGGCGCGCAACCUGGCCGGAAUCCAGAUCGACGACUUCGACCUGGAGGACGUGGACGUGGCCGACCUCAUCAGCGGACCGAUGCGCGAGCCGACUCUGACCGAGCUCAACGCCGGCGACGACCUCGGCGAGCUGUCGCUCGACUUCGCCGGCGACUCAUUCGGUGCCCCGGCGACACCGCUCGUCAAAACGGAGCUGCUCGACGCGCCCGUCAAGAGCGAGUGGGCGCCCUUCUCGUCAUCGAUCCCGGCGUCGUUCGCGCCGCAGACGGGGGCGCCGCUGGUCGGUCAGCACGACCCGAUGCUGCCCAGCUUCCCGACCGGCGGCGGCGGCGGCGGCACCAGCGGCGGCCGUCUGACGCUGCAGGCGCUACUGGCGCAGCCGGCGGCGGCGCCGCGGCCGUCGGGCGCCGCCGGCCGACUCAGCAGCUCGGUGCCGUGCGACAGUCACCUGGAGCAGCAGCGCGCCGCCGGCCGGCUGGGCCCGCUGGCCGCCGGCGCGCGCGUCGACGAGCUGCGCGGCUCGAGCUCGUCCGUCUCGACCGGCGUGCUCAGUCCCGGCUCGCACGAGUCGUACGUGGACGAGGGAGCCGAGUCACCGUAUGACCACUACUCGGACAGCGACAGCGAGGCGGGCUCGACGCUCGGGGACGACGCGCCCGGCCUCAGCUCGUCACUGGGCAGCCGCCGGGAGCGGUACUUCUGGCAGUACAACGUUCAGGCCAAGGGACCCAAGGGCCAGCGCAUCCAGCUGACUGAGAACCUCAACGACCCGCACCACAUCAGCCAGGCCGUCGAUCCCGUCUUCUCGUCCAACAUCAAAAUGGAGGGCAUCAAGCACAGUGGUAAGGCGCGCCGCGGGGACGGUAACGACCUGACGCCCAGCCCGCGCAAGCUGCUCAACAUCCAGCGCGACCUGGACAAGCUGAACCGGCUCAUCAACGACAUGACUCCCGUCUCGGAGCUGCCCUUCAACGUGCGCCCCAAGUCGCGCAAGGAGAAGAACAAACUGGCGUCGCGGGCGUGCCGUCUCAAGAAGAAGGCGCAACACGAGGCGAACAAAAUCCAGCUCUCUGGACUGGGCGAGGAGCACAGGCGGCUGACGGCGGCGCUGCGCGACAUGCACGAGGCGCUGCGGGCGCGCCUGGUGCCGCCGGCCGACGGUGGCCCGCCGCUCACCGCCGAGCAAACCGGCCAGAUGGUCGACAGAGUCGUCAAACAGGCGCACAAGCACCGCGUGGCCGGACACCUUCCCGAGUAUGUGGAGCGCAUCCUGGAGCGGCACAGAGCCGGAGCGGGCGCCGGCCACGGCGGCUCCGAGCCGGCGCUGGCCCACACCGACAUCGGCUAGGCGCCGCGCCGGCCGCUCAGCACUGGCGGCGCGCCGCCGGCCACGGGUAGCGGCUGGGUGCGCAGCGGCGGCUCUGUGCACGCGGCCGUGCCUAGUCAGCCGGGCGCGCCGCAGCUGCCGCCGCCGACCGCCACCUGCUCGCCCGCGCGUUCAUGUGAUGUGAUGCUCUGUCCAGGUGGCUCGGAUAUGUUAUUUUUAAGCUAGAUUUAAGGCGUGCGUCUGUGUUCUGUUGGGCCGCCGCGCCGCGCCUGUGUCGUUGUCUGCCGCGGCGGCGCGAUGAGCGGCCGCCGCCCGCUGCGCGCACCGGACACUGCCGAGAUCCCUGGCUGUGCGGGGCCCGGGGUCGGGUCGGGGCAGCGGCCGGCCGCCCCGCCGCGCGUGUCGCAGAGUGCCGAGACCAUGUAACGGCGGGUCCCGCCGGUGUGUUUGUCGACUGAAGCGCCGCUGCAGUACAUACAUGCACGCAGACCAGCGCGGCGUGUGGCUGCCGGCCGGGGCUCGGGGAGGCGCCGCGCGCAGCACAGCGGCUGGAUGCGCCACGUCAGCCGGCACUAGCUGCCAGCAGGGCUGCCCGGUCCGAGUCGCAGUCGCCAACAUCUUAUCGACUCAAAUCCGACUCCGGAGUAGAAUUAGUCAAUUUCGUGUAGGUCAGCCAUGCCCUACACAAGUUCACUUCAAAAUAUUGUUGUUCGUUGAUGUUUCCAUAUCAGUUUUUUUUCGAAGCUGAGGUAAUUUUUUAUUUAGACGAAAAGCAGAAGACAAUGGCUGCAUUAGACCUUGCUCAUAGUUCUGCAAUCUGCAUACCUACUAGUUAUUUAUAAGUAUAUUUGCAACGUGAGAUCUUGGAACCCUUGCUUGGAACCGGCAAAGGAUUGUUUCAGACAAGACAAAAAUAUCUCAGA